ACGAAGUUUUCCGGAAAUAAAAAAUCCGUACCUGCAUUUUUUCUUUUAUACAUCGAAUUUCAGUUACCGUUCUUGAGUUUUCUUGUAAUUGUGAGUUAUCGCCCGUAACACGAACUCUUUAGCUUAUUAGAGUAAUAAAAACAGCGUUUCCGAGGUAAACAGAAAAUUCGAGAGAUGAAGCGACAUCGUUCUACAUCGACUGGCAGGUUCAUUUCAGCUUCCAAAAAGAAAAGAAUCGACGUAUUUAAAGCAAACAACGUAAGAAAGAUUAUUAAUGACCACUCAUAUUCAUCUAAGCUGUGUGAUCAUGGUGAUAAUGACUCUGACAUCGCUGAGUGUUUACCGGUAGUUGAUGAUAGCGAGGAGAACAGUUACGCAUCUGGUGAUAGUUUAGAUCGACAGAUUGACAAUGUUAACGAUACAACAGAGAUAAGCUGGCGGCAGGGAAGGCGAAUAGUGGAGUUGGGGUUUAUUGUAGACAAACUCUCUGAAGGCUGUUCUGUUUGCCACUCUUCCGUCCCUUUAAAUAUAACAAACACGGUACACGAGAUACGUUAUGGAUUAGGCAGUUUAUUAACCAUCAGGUGUGCCCUUUGUGAUGGAAAGACAGUUGUUCCAACUGGGAAGAGACAUAGUGGGCCUAACGAACGUCAGGGACAAAGAACUUGGGAUGUCAACACAAAGUUAGCAUUAGGUAUGUUACACAGUGGUAUAGGGGAAAGAAAGUUGUCCAACUUAUUGUCGACACUGAGCAUUCCACCAUGUUCCAAAACAACACUCAAGAAAAGAGAAAGAGAAAUAGGUGAAGCCCUUGAAGAUAUAGCACGUUCCAGCUGUGCUGAUGCUGCUGUCAGAGAAAAAGAUCUCACAAAGUAAUUAGAAAAUAAAAUAUUCUCAAAUAAUCAUCUAUAUAUUGAAAAGUGCUUUUGAUACAUGACUGAGGUAAAUGUUGCACAAAAUAAGAUGUAUAUGUGAUUCGGUAUAUAUAUACAAGAUCAUAUAUUUAUUAUACAUUUUGUA